UUGGUUCAUGUCCCAGUGACGUUUAUCCUGUGCUGCGGGAUGGAAAUUCGUUCGGAGCGUGUUCGUCAUCUGUGUUUGAUUCUUCCUGGGUACCUAUGCUUGGUGCGCAUACGUUUAACAUAUUUACAACGGCUAGUAAACGUUACGUCCGUAAACGGUGAUGGCAGCAGAUGGGCCUGAGAAGGCAGGGGAUGAAGGAACAGGCGGGGUGGGGAGUUCGAGCAGUGGCGGGGUGCGGUUCGAGCUGGAGAAGGAGACAGAGCUGCGUUUUGAGGUGGAGGUCGGGGAAAGAGCACAGCUUGAGCUGCUGUCUGGGAUGGCUGAGGUCUUUGGCUCUGAACUGAACCGCAACAAGAAGUACACCUUUGGGCCCGGGUCCAAGAUUGCUGUCUUCACCUGGCAGGGUUGCAGUGUGUCUCUGACCGGGAAGACUGAGGUGGCAUAUGUUUCCCGGGAUACGCCCAUGCUUCUGUACCUGAACACACAUGCCGCUCUGGAGCAGAUGAGACAGCAGGCAGAGAGAGACAAUGAGAGAGGACCAAGGGUGAUGGUAGUGGGGCCCACAGAUGUGGGGAAGUCGACGGUGUGCCGGCUGCUCCUGAACUACGCUGUAAGGCUGGGCAGGAGACCCACCCUGGUGGAGUUGGACGUGGGACAGAGCGGGGUAUCUGUUCCUGGGACCGUGUCCGCACUGUGUAUCGAGCGUCCCGCAGACGUGGAGGAGGGCUUCUCGGUUCAGGCCCCUCUGGUGUACCACUUUGGCUCCACCACCCCCGGAACCAACAUCAAACUCUACAACAAGCUGACGUCAUGCCUGGCGGAGGUGUUCUCCCAGCGCUGUGAGGUGAACCGCAGAGCCAGUGUGGGUGGCUGCAUCAUUAACACGUGCGGCUGGGUGAAGAGUUCUGGGUACCAGGCUCUGGUGCACUGCGCCUCUGCCUUCGAGGUGGACGUGGUCCUGGUUCUGGACCAGGAGCGGCUUUACAACGAGCUCAAGCGUGACCUGCCACACUUUGUUCGUGUGGUGCUGCUGCCCAAGUCCGGUGGCGUGGUGGAGCGAUCCAAGGCCUGCCGCCGCGACACGCGCGAUGAGAAGAUCCGCGAGUACUUCUAUGGCUUCCGCGGCGCCUCCUUCUACCCCCACGCCUUCGAUGUGCGUUUUUCAGACGUGCGUAUCUAUAAGAUCGGGGCUCCCUCCAUCCCAGACUCCUGCCUGCCACUGGGCAUGUCUCAGGACGACACACAGCUGAAGCUGGUUCCCGUGACCCCAGGACGGGACCUAACGCAUCACGUGUUGAGCGUGAGCUGUGUGGAGGAUGAGGGUGGGGAAGGUGGCAGGGCUGGCCGCAGAGGAGUGCUGGAGAGUCCUGUGUGCGGCUUCAUCGUGGUGACUGCUGUGGACACUCAGGCCCAGGUGAUGACUGUGCUGUCACCAGCUCCCAGGCCCCUCCCCCGACAUACCCUCCUUAUCAUGGACAUUCGCUUCAUCGACCUUAAGUGAAAAAAAGGAUGGCUCUCUCUUUCCCAUUCCCUGCCUCCCUCUGCCUCCCUCUGUCCAUCCAACCUUACAUCUACCCUCUCUCUUUGCUCAAUAGAAUGUCUGUUCUGCCAUUCCCAUGUCUUCCUUCAUCUUUCUUUACCUCCCCCAAAGAGAAUUUUCUCACUCCAUCCCUUUCCCUCCUUCUGUUAUCCCUCUCCCAUACCUCCUUCUCUAACAUGCUUCUUUGUUCAGCUGAUAUUUUGUUUUAUUGAUGUUUACUGUUAUUUGGUCAUGCUUUUCCUUUCUCCAUCUGCGUAUGAGGUUUGUUCAGGCGUUUCUCAUCAAAAGUAGAAUUUUAAUAAAUUUUGGGGCCAAAAUA